AUGAGCGUUGGGGGCCGCGGUGGUGUCGGAGCGCGGGCCGGAGACCACGCUCGGCUCCCCGAGCUGGCGCGCCGGCGUCGGACUUCCGAGGCGGCGGCUACAGCCUCUUCUGCCGCUGCUGCCGCCGAGCUGCGGCAGCCGCGGAAUGGGCGUUUAAAGGGAGAGCGAGACGAGGAGCGAGCGAGCGAGCGAGCGCGCCGGGCCGCGGGAAGGAAGAGGCGAGGGGAGGGAGGAGAUGUUAAGGGGAGGGAGGGGGCGGUGGCGGGGGCGGGCGGGGGAAGGGGCCGGCGGGAGCUGCUCUCCGCUCGGCGGUCGCCGCGCCCGCAGUCUGGAGGCGCACCGCAGCGGCCCGGGCGCCCCCCGCGGGAGCCCGCAGCCGCCGGGGCGCGCAUCCAGACGCGGCGCCUCGGGCCGGCACGCUGCGCCGGGGGGCUCUGCGGACCCCGCGCCGCCGCGGCCGCCGGUCCGGUAGUGCGGCGAGGACUGGCCGGCGGGGCGGCCCGGGCCCGGCCCGCCUCCCCAGCGCCCGCCCGGCUUCUCCCCCUGGCGGUGGGAGCCUCGGCGGCUGCUGGCCGCUCGAAGCGCACGGGCGCCCGAGCCGAGCCGAGCCCGAGCUGCGCCACCGCUCCGGGGCUUCUUCAGAGAGCGCCGCCGGGGCGGGGGGCCGGCGGUCCGGAGCCGCGAGGGCAGGCGAGGGGCGCGCCUGGGGCGGGCGCGGAAGACCGGACCCUGCGCCGCGAGGGCCCAGUCUUCCUGAAAUUCCAAGUCUUAGUUCUGACAUUUCCAUCAAAACAGAAUAAAUACGUUGUAUCCAUCAGGAUAGGUUUUGUUAUGCUGAAGCAACAAAUAAGUACCAGUUUUUGGUGGCCUGCAACAGCAAAGUUGUUUUCUUGGUCAUGCAAUGAGUCCACGGCAUAUCAGCAGGUGUUAAAAAUGGGCAUUCUAAAACCUUGAGGAGCAUGGGAAAUGCUUAAGAUAUAAAGAGAAAAGAUCAAGAGCUAAAAAUUGAAAAAUACAUAUAAAAUGUAAAUUAAUAUGCAUUUCUUAUCUUGGAAAAAUAUAUUAUUAAACAUUUAAAAGCAGUGGAAUACAUUGAGCAAGAGCAGACAGGAAUCAGACUGCCUGUGCUAUCACCUAUCAGAAUGUUGCAGGUCUCCGCUCUGUUAAAUGUAGCUGCAGAACUCCCAUGUGAAUUGUCCUAGCCUUCCAGGACUCUGGGGAAGAUUGUAUGGGGCUUUGCAUGUGGAAGCGCUUUUGGAAACUAUGAAGUACUCUGUAGAUGAAAAAGUUAUAAUCUGAUGGGGAGAUGGUUUAUGCUUGGAAAUGUGGAGCCACAAGCAGUAGGGUCUUGCUGUAAGAGUCCUAGUCACUCUUUGUGAAGACAUCCACGUCUCCAGAAAAUGCAAGUGACUGUCUAUCCAGAAAGUACAUUAAAGUAAACUAAAAGCCUCACCUCUGUUUCAUGUCUCUGAAAAUGGGUCAGUGUUCACAAUGCUGCAUGUUCUUCCAGACAGGAGGUUAGGCAGGAAGAAAGUGCUUGACAUGGAAGACUAAAGUUGCUAUAGGAUAAUGCUGCUAAAUUUCAGUUUGUAUUUGCAUCUGUGGAGGAUCUUGUUUCAAGGUCUUUUCAGACUCAGAAGGUUUGGAAUGGGUGCCAGUAUUCUGUUCUUUAACAAGAGCAUGCCAAGCUGCUAUUCUGUGAAUGGGAAGAAUUUAGGAUUUUUUUUUCUUACUCAUCUCCUUUCCUCUCUAUAUAUUCAGCAAAAGAAAAGCACUUCCUGGUCAGAGGUUUAGGAAAACAAGAAAUAAACAGUAUAUACUUCGAUGAGACUAGUCAACAAAGAAGAAUGCAUUAACCAAAACCUGACGUUAUUACUCAUGCUGAGAUGGAAUGAAGUCCAAGAUGGGCUACCCAGGCAUUGGCUGUGUUGAACUGGAGCUGCUUUUGAAGUUUAAUUUUAAAUCUCUAACAAGAAUCAUUGUACCUAGUCAUAUCCUUUCCUAGAAAGGAAAACUCAACAGUUCCUAUAAAGAAGAAACUAAUGCUCCCAGAAUGACUGAGUUGCAGAGUAUUAGUUUAUAUGAAUGUGUUCUUUCCUCCAAAAGUUUCUAAUGAUUAUAGCCCCUAGAAAACAAUGUAUCACGUUUUUAAUAUACGAAGCAACAACAAUGAUAGCAAAGAACUUUAAGCUAGAAAAACAUUUUAGAAUUUAAAAUCUCACAGGCAGAGAAUAAAGUGCCAUAUAUGGGUAUGCGUUUGCUUAGUCUAUAUUAUUAGAAGCUUCCAGAGUACAGCAUACAUUUUCAGAGCCACUUUCUUAGCAUUGAAACUGUGCGGUCUUUUUGUAGAAUCCUUCGUCUUGCUCACUGUCAAACCCUAUAGACAACUUUGAAAAUCUUAUAUGUGAUUUAUUCGUGUUGUGAUGGUCCUGGCCAAAGUAGAUUGAUAAUUUGGAUAAUUUUGCUAAUUACUUACCAAUAUUUAUUUCUUUGAUGAAGAAGCAACAUUGCUGCUUUUACCAAAUAUAUUUUGUCCAACUUGCAGAAAAUAUUAAUAAUAUUACAGAUAACAAAAUGAAAUUAUGUGUACAGACCCCUGCAUCCUAGUGGGCACAGUCAUGUUUGGUAAUAGAUUUUCCUUGUGCCAUGGCCAUUGCCAAACGGACUGAUUAGGAGAACUUUGGCUUGCUCAGUGUCUCUUCAGGAAUCACUAAAAUGUUUUGUUUUUCCUAAAUACCAUCUUCAUCUCCUUUUAAGAAUACAGUAUUAGUUUAAAGGGAUAUUUGAUUUAAAUGAAACUUGAAGAUUCAGUCACGUGUGACGUUAGGCAAGCAGAAACAAAAAUAGGAUGAUUUUUAUCCUCUUAUAUCUUUGAUGGUGAAGGGAGCUACUUUUUCUAAACUGCAGCCUGAUACAUACUGUUUGAAAACUUGUUUGAAAGUUAUUUUAGCCUCUACUGUUCUUCUGAUUUUAUCUGUAGAAAUGAGAAAGCAUACAUACUGGCUACUUGUUUAAGUACUCAAAUUUGUAUUUCUCUUGAAAUAUGUAUUAAUAAUUACAGUUUUAAAUUAUCAUGUUAAUGUUUUAUGUGGAAUAAGCCCAGUAUGUAUACACAGCAUAGCAGUAAAGACAUAUGUUUCCAAUAAUAACAAGUACUUCAUGAAACCAAGUUUGAAAUUUAAGCAUUGCUAAUAUGUCUAAAUAUUUGUAUUUUGCUUUUUCUUAGACUUGAUCUGUUUAAAAUAAUAGAUUUGCCUAUUAUUUUGUUAUUCUGUCAUUUAAAAUAUACAUUAUACUCUUGAAUGUUUUGUGUAAAUCUGAGUUUGUCAAUAAAUACAAAUAUAAAUAAGUAA